GAGACUGGCGCGUGGCUGCUGUAUAUAUUCAUUCGGGCAGCUGCGAAAGUCAUCAGUAGCAUUCUACACUCCCCAACAUGAAGUUUGUGGUUCUCGCCCUCCUGGCCACAGUGGCCACCGCCGCUCCCCAGUACUCCGCUCCUGCCCCUGCUCCUCGCUACGGUGAUUCCAGCGAGGAGGUCCCCAUUAUCAGGCACGACUUUGUACAGGGUGACUAUGGCGGCUACCAACUUGAUAUGGAGACUGGCAACGGCAUUAAGGUCUCAGAGUCUGGCGCUCCCGGAGCCGAAGGUGCCAUCGCCAGCUCUGGAUCUUACUCCUACACCGCUCCUGACGGCACCCCAGUUCAUGUGAAGUUCGUCGCCGACGAGAACGGCUACCAGCCCCAGUCUGACCUGCUGCCAGUGGCUCCCGCCUUCCCCCACCCAAUCCCUCAGUUCGUGCUGGACCAGAUCGCCUUCGCUGCUACCGAGGAACCUCGCCGCUACAGCUACGAUGAUUAACUUACAAGCUUCUUAAUUAAUAAGAAGUCUGCCACAAGACGUCCGUUGAAGGAUAACAGGGUUCAGGAACUAACGAUACCCUCACCUGUAUAAGUUGGACACCUCUAAUAAGUCGUCUGGCUGUAAUUAAUAACUGCCUAGACUUGUGAUACUUCAACAAUGUCUGUCAAGUCAUUGUUGAAUAUUUAAGUGAGUUUUUGAGUGUAUGAGUGUGUGAGUGUGUAAUUGUGGAUGCUGUGUAUUUAUAUUGAAAUUAAAAAUAAAAUUUUA